AUGCGGCCCGGGGGGAAAAACAUGAUGCGUCCCGUUUUGUUGCAGGUUUUGUGCGAGGCUGAUGAUCGAGGCAGCCGUCGCAGCCCUGCCGCGGCGGCGCUACUGCUCUCCUUGUGUCUUGGCUUCCCUCCCUCAUCGGCAGCUUGCCCGCCUUUCUGCCUCUGUGCCAGUGAUAUAAUUUCCUGCAGCGGCCGCAAUCUGUCCACGCUGCCCUUGGACCUGCCGGGCUACGCCACGCGGCUGGACCUGAGCCACAACGGCCUCACCACCCUGCCGGCGGACUGGAACGCCCAGCCGUUCAGCCGGCUGGCCACGCUGAUUCUCAGCUGGAACUCCAUCAGCCAAAUCGAGCCGGACGCCUUCGCGCUCACGCCGCAUCUCCUCCACCUGGACCUGUCGUCUAACCGACUGGAGAUCCUGAACGCGUCCAUCUUCCGUGGGCUGGAGGAGCUGCAGGUGCUGCUGCUGUUUGGCAACCAGAUUGCACAGAUCAACCCGGGGGCCAUCAGCGAGCUGCACAGCCUGCAGAGGCUCUAUCUGUCUGGGAAUAGGCUCACAGAUUUCCCCCUGGAGCUUUACAGAGGACCCGCAGGGCCUCGUAACCUGACCUUCCUGGAUCUGUCGUCCAACAGGCUGUUGCAGCUGCCGGUGCAGAGCCUGCUGGCUCUGAGCGCCCAGCAGCAGGGGGGAAUUUAUUUGCAGGGGAACCCCUUGGUGUGCAACUGUGCUUUGCUCGCCAUGCUGGACUACUGGGUGUGGAAACAGUACCGCCCCCUGGUGGACUUCGGGGCUGGCUACCCGUGUGGCCUGAGUGGGGAUGGCGUCGGGUCGCAGCCUGACUGUCCUGGGAGUCAGCAGGAAGUGUCCAGUACCUUCCUGGAGGCGGGAACUUACCGCGUGGAGCCGGGAGAGUGUCUCAGACUGGAGUGCCCGGGCUUGGCUCCUUCCACUCAGGGCAAGCUGGAGGUUUUCUGGGUGACCCCUCGGGCGGUGCUGCACUCAUCAGCCAAUGAUACAAGUGGUCACUUCUUGAUACUCCCAAACGGCACCCUUGAAAUCAGAGGGGCGCUCCUGGAGGACUCGGGUGUAUACUUGUGUGUGGCGGCCCGCGGGCGCCGCUACCACCCCGGCGAGUCUCUGGAGGUCAGUGUGUCGGUGGGGAACUCAACGGUGGCCUCUGCCGGCGGCUUGGCGCAUGGCAGCGGCGCGGAGCACUUCAACACGGCGUUCACCACCCUGGCCUCCUGCGUGGUCAGCAUCGUGCUGGUGCUGCUCUACCUCUACCUCACGCCCUGCCGGUGUCGCGAAGGCAGGGGCGGCGGAGGUGGCGGGGCGGCUAGGGGAUGCGGCGGACGGGCCAUCCUCCUCUGCUCAGACCCCAGGGAGGUAGAUUCUGGAGAGAGGCGGUCGAAUGGGAAGAGGGUGGCUUUCCUAGAGCCUCAGGCGGUGAGAGACUCGGAUGAGUGCGGCCCGAAAACACAAGCGAUGAACUCGGCUCACGGUGCCACAGAGGGGAUUCUCAAAAAUGGAAGUAGGACAGUGGGACAGACGCUUACAGAUGCUGCUCAUAUGGCAUAGCUGUAAAGACAAACAAAUAAAAAGACUUUUGUAUGCUGUUGUAUUAUUGCAAGCUGGACCCCAGUGUUUUCCAGUGUUUUGUCACAGUUCAUGAUGAGUAAAUCCAUCUGAUCUGAGGUAGCACGAUGUUCUUAUGGAGUAGCUCUGUGCUGUUGGGUGUUCGGUCUGAAGCUGAAAUGCCGUCCUCUUGUAGGCAGAUAUUUAAAUUAUGUCUAAGUGGUGUCUAUUUUUCAGUCUGUUUUUCAUGUGCUGAUGAGAGUUCACAUCCUGAUAUGGAAAAUUUGCCGUUGCUGUGGGGAAAUUGUUACAGCAAAGAUCACAAAGAUCAUGCUGACGUGGGCGGUGUUUCAAAUUGGACUGAGAAGAAUCUCCACACCUGAUUUUACAAGCUGCUGUAAAGGCACUGGUGGUCACUGUAUAUGCAUUGUGAAUAAUGCCCAACAUUGUUACCCCUUGUUGUGCAGUGCCGCUCAGUGCAAAAAAAACAUCUGCUUUGUGGUGAGAACACACAUUCAAAGCGUGUCGGUCAAACAUAAGCCUCUGUUUGUACAAAAGAUUUGGUCAUCCGUGUUUUGCAAAUGAAACUGAGUUCCAUCUGCUACAUUCCUUGUUUGAAAUAUGUGUACCGGUAUUAGUUUAAGUUUAGUUUCUUUGGAAAUGAUAAAGCACAAACAGUAGAGAAAGUGGGUUAAUGAAGGAAAUCGAAGGAACUUAUGAAACAUUUAGUUUGUUAGGAAACAAAAUGCAAGGGCGAAACAUGGAAAACAGAGAGGUACACGCAGUAUAACUGACCUAAUUGGAGCAACAUAACAAAUAAGAAGAUAAUUAUUUGGUCCUUGAAGGAAUUUUUUUUGCUUCUCUUCCCAACAUAAACAAGCAGGUCGGAGGUUAGGUGCAAAACACCGGCUACCGGAGCUGCUGAAGAUUCGGUGCUUUGCUCAAGGACACUUCAGCAGGGCCGACUCUUGCUCCACCUUGGAGCACAAACAGGGGAUUUUGUUGGGGGGGAAUUGAUUGUUAUCGGUUCAGACAGGGAGGCGGUUUCGGCUUGGCGAAGAAGCCCCAGUCAGCCCGGAUCAGUGUCACUGGAAUCAAACGGAGGCUUGCCAGCUCGCCGCGAGCUCACCGUGACCCACAUUCCACCGUCCUUUUGUGUUUUUAUAGGUGUGUGGAAUCAUUUCCAAGGUGCCAGGAGGCUUGUUAAAGCCUGUGUGUCCUCACGCUUGGCCGCAGAUGUUCAUCAUGUCUGACUACACCACUGUACGAGUGUUAACUUUUUCUAUUGUUCUGUUUUAAUAGCUUGCACCACAGCAGAGAAUAGAUUAGAGCAGUGAA